AUGUUUGCCUCCAAGUUCCUUGCUCUCGCCACUCUCGUCGCCUCUGUCGUUGCGCAGGGUAUCGUCGAAGGCUCCAACCCCGACGAGAACGUCUCCUAUACCUUUGAGGUCGCCAGCAGACAGGCUGCCUGCCCCAAGCUGCAGCCUGCCAACGUCGAGGAUGCCCUCAAACGCUUCAAUGGUCUCGUCCCUCCUGCCUACACCUACGGCAAGACCAGCGAGUCCAACCCCCAUGUCGGUGCCGGCGCGCUCUACCUGAGCUACCCUGAGGGUACUUUCGCCUUUACUCUGACCUACGACUUUGUUGUGCCCAACGCGACCGAUACAUGGGUUGAGAAAGGCGCCGACAUCGCCAACGUUUACACUGCCAUCCGCGAGGAUGUCGUCAAGACCUGGGCGGAGGACACCUUCCAGUGGAAGUCGUACAACGUUAGCAAGAUUACCGACGAUGCUGAGCCCAAGCAUGCCGGUGUCUUUACAUUCCACAUUUCCACCCCCUCGUUCGUCAAGGGCUGCGAUACUACUUGCGGUGGUACCUGCAACCCCAACAACUGCAAGUGCUAAGUGAGUACACCGUCAUGAUAUUUAGCGAUCCCUUAUAG